CCCCGCCUGCCCUGCAGAACCGCCGCCGGGAACCCAGUUUCCCAGGAACUUUUCGCGGGCGCUGGGCACCACCGAGUUCCGGGCGGGACGCGAACGCGCGGAGGUGCUGCGGCGGGCCCGGCGGACCUCCGAGAGGAGGUGACUGCGCCAUGGACGAGCCACCCUUCAACGAAGCGGCCUUGGAGCUGGCGCUGGCCGAGCCGUGCGAGCUGGACGCGGCGCUGCUGACCGACAUAGAAGACAUGCUUCAGCUCAUCAACAACCAAGACAGCGACUUCCCGGGCCUGUUUGACCCGCCCUACGCUGGGGGUGGAGCAGGGACCACAGACCCUGCCAGUCCCGAUGUCAGCUCCCCAGGCAGCCUGUCCCCACCUCCUUCCACGAUGAGCUCCUCACUUGAAGGCUUCCUGGGGGCGACCAAGGCGACACCCCCACCCUUGUCCCCUCCCCAGCCUGCACCCACCCCCCUGAAGAUGUAUCCAUCUGUGCCUGCCUUCUCCCCUGGGCCUGGGAUCAAGGAGGAGCCAGCGCCCCUGACUAUCCUCCAGCCCACCCCACCCCAGCCCCUGCCCGGAGCUGUCCUGCCGCAGAGUGUUGCGGCCACCACCCCACCGCAGUUCAGCUCUGCCCCCAUUGUAGGCUACCCCAGCCCUCCGGGAGGCUUCUCCACAGGGACCCCUCCGGGGAGCAGCUCGCAGUCACUGGCUGGCCCACCACUGGCUUCCCUGCCAGGGGUCCCGCCUGUCUCCUUGCACAGCCAGGUUCAGAGUGCGGCCCCCCAGCAGCUGUUGACAGCCAUAGCCACCCCCACGGUGGCCCCUGGAGCAACUGCUGUGACCUCCCAGAUACAGCAGGUCCCGGUCCUGCUGCAGCCCCACUUCAUCAAGGCAGACUCGUUGCUCCUGACGACCAUGAAAACAGAUGUGGGAGCCCCCUUGAAAGCGGCGGGCAUCCGCUCCCUGGGCCCUGGCACUGCUGUGCAGGCAGCGCCCUUGCAGACCCUGGUGAGUGGCGGGGCCAUCCUGGCCACUGUGCCACUGGUAGUGGACACUGACAAGCUGCCCAUCAACCGACUUGCCGGUGGCAAGGCUCCAGGCUCGGCGCAGAGCCGCGGCGAGAAGCGUACGGCCCACAACGCCAUCGAGAAACGCUACCGAUCUUCCAUCAAUGACAAGAUCGUUGAGCUCAAGGACCUGGUGGUGGGCACUGAGGCCAAGUUGAAUAAAUCUGCUGUCUUGCGCAAAGCCAUCGACUACAUCCGCUUCCUUCAGCACAGCAACCAGAAGCUCAAGCAGGAGAACCUGAGUCUGCGCACUGCUGUCCAUAAAAGCAAAUCACUGAAGGACCUGGUGUCUGCCUGCGGCAGUGGAGGUAGCACAGAUGUGCCCAUGGAGGGCAUGAAGCCCGAGGUGGUGGACACCCUGAGCCCGCCCCCCUCAGACGCCGGCUCGCCCUCCCAGAGCAGCCCCUUGUCCCUUGGCAGCAGGGGCAGUAGCAGCGGUGGAAGUGGCAGUGACUCGGAGCCUGACAGCCCGGUCUUUGAGGAUGGCCAGGUGAAUCCAGAGCUGCUGCCCGCCCCCCACAGCCAGGGCAUGCUGGACCGCUCUCGCCUGGCCCUGUGCGCGCUCGUCUUCCUCUGUCUCUCCUGCAACCCCUUGGCCUCCCUGCUGGGUAGCCGGGGUCCUGCUGGCCCCUCCGACACCACCAGCAUCAACCACCGUCCUGGGCGCAGCAUGCUGGGUGCUGAGGGCAGAGAUGGCCCUGGCUGGGCCCCGUGGCUGCUGCCCCCACUGGUCUGGCUGAUGAAUGGGCUGCUGGUGCUCUUCUCCUUGGCGCUUCUCUUUGUCUAUGGAGAACCAGUCACUCGGCCCCACUCGCGCCCUGCCGUGCACUUCUGGAGGCAUCGCAAGCAGGCCGACCUGGAUCUGGCCAGGGGGGACUUUGCCCAGGCUGCCCAGCAGCUGUGGCUGGCCCUGCGGGCCUUGGGCCGGCCUCUGCCCACCUCCCACCUGGACCUGGCCUGCAGCCUGCUUUGGAGCCUCAUCCGCCACCUGCUGCAGCGUCUCUGGGUGGGCCGCUGGCUGGCCGGCUGGGCAGGGGGCCUACGGAGGGACAGGGCCCUACAGGCAGAUGCUCGCACCAGCGCCCGCGACGCGGCCCUUGUCUACCACAAGCUGCACCAGCUGCACACCAUGGGGAAGUACUCAGGUGGGCACCUCGCUGCUGCCAACCUGGCGCUGAGUGCCCUGAACCUGGCCGACUGCGCGGGAGAUGCUGUGUCCGUGGCCACACUGGCUGAGAUCUACGUGGCCGCUGCGCUCAGGGUCAAGGCCAGUCUGCCCCGGGCCUUGCAUUUUUCUGACACGCUUCUUCCUGAGCAGUGCCCGCCAGGCCUGCCUGCACAGAGUGGCUCAGUGCCCCUUGCCAUGCAGUGGCUCUGCCACCCUGUGGGCCACCGUUUCUUCGUGGAUGGCAACUGGGCCCUGUGCAGCGCCCCGAGGGACAGCUUGUACAGCGUGGCUGGGAACCCAGUGGAUCCCCUGGCCCAGGUGACUCAACUGUUCCGUGAACAUCUGUUGGAGCGAGCACUGAAUUGCGUGGCCCAGCCCAGCCCCAGCCCUGGAUCAGCCGAGGGGGACAAGGAGUUCUCAGAUGCCCUCGG